ACCACUUGUACCGGGGAUUCUGUCACCGCAAAUGUACAGCAUGGACACGGACGUUAUUCCUUUAGUGAAUAUAUGUGCAAAUGAUUGCCCUCUGCUGGAAGAGGACGUGCGUGAAACACUCAGACAGUUUGCUGCCAAUAGAGCUGUUGCGUGCGAAAUGGUAAUCGCAAAGAUACACUCCGCAAUGGCGUACCAUUACAUUUUGGAAACGUUCGUGGAGAGCAAAACUAUACAGCGGAAGCAACAGCCGUUUUGUGGUGAUUUGGUGGACGAUGAAUUUACACUCGAUGGCAGCUCGGAAGAAAUUUGCUCCCAGUGGCAUGAAAAUAUAAGUGAGGGGAACAUAGAAGUCCCUCCUCGUUGCCAGUUUGAAGAUGGUGAAGAAGAAGUUAUACUUCCCCAGUCUGUCGUUGCAGAGGACUGUAACCAUUGCGAAGGUCCCGGUAAAAUGAAAUGUCCGUCUUGUAGAGGAACACGACAGAAUACAUGUAUCGCUUGUGAUGGUAGCGGCAAAGAGAACUUAGGUGACAGAAUAUUGCUAAUGCGACAAUCAUGCGUAUGGUGUGGAGCAACGGGCAAGAGGAGGUGCCACAAAUGUAAAGGCCGUGGGGUAUAUUUCUGUCGAGCAUGUAAAGGAAAAGGAGGUAUACGAAGUUACCGAUCUUGUUCUGUUAAAUGGCAGACUUUUAAAGAUGAACAUACAACGCUUCCGUGGGAUAUACCUGAUCAGCUGGUAAAAGAUGCUACUGGAGUAACCGUUUUGGAAGGAGAUGUUUCUGCUAUUUCCCCAUUGACUAUUUUACCCGAGGCAUUGGUUGACGUUUGCAAGUCAUUUUUGGAGGCACGGUCUAAGAUUAAAGCUUCCCAAAAAAUUCUUUGUCAGAGUCAAUUAUGACUAACAAACUAACAGUACAAGAAAGAGAUGAAUUGGUUUUUAUGAUUGGAAGAAAUGGGGC